CCCACCCCUGUUUGUGAUGUUGUUGGUUAUUUGCUGAUAUUUUUGUCGAGAGAUAUUUUUUGAUUCGAGCCUGGGCCAACUUUCAAAAUCAAUUUAAUUUCUUCAUGAUUCAUCUAUUUGUUAAUAUUAGCAAAAAUAUUUUAUUGCCAUGACGGGGAGUUCUCUUGAUUCUGAAAUAACAAGAAGUGAUAAAUAUUCAAUAUUAUUACCGACGUAUAAUGAAAGAGAGAAUUUACCCAUAAUUAUUUGGCUUAUUAUUAAUUAUUUGGAUGGAAGUGGAAUUGACUACGAAGUGGUGAUAAUCGAUGACGGCAGUCCUGAUGGUACUCUUGAUGUAGCAAAACAGUUACAGAAAAUCUAUGGUUCCUAUAGAAUAGUUCUUCGUCCCCGUGAGAAAAAAUUAGGUCUUGGUACGGCUUAUAUACAUGGAAUAAAACAUGCUACAGGAAACUAUAUCAUAAUUAUGGAUGCAGAUCUUAGCCAUCAUCCUAAAUUUAUUCCACAAUUUAUUGAGAAACAAAAAAGCAAAGAUUAUGAUAUUGUAACUGGCACUCGUUAUGUUGGUGGUGGAGGGGUGUAUGGUUGGGACUUCAAAAGAAAGCUAAUAUCAAGAGGUGCCAAUUUUAUAACUCAACUGCUGCUAAGACCUGGUGUCUCAGAUUUAACAGGAUCAUUUAGAUUAUACAAGAAAGAUGUACUACAAAAGUUGGUUGAUAGCUGUGUUUCUAAAGGCUACGUGUUCCAAAUGGAGAUGAUUAUAAGGGGAAGACAGCUCAACUUCACGAUCGGCGAAGUUCCUAUAACAUUUGUCGAUCGUGUUUACGGCGAGUCCAAGUUGGGAGGUUCAGAGAUUGUACAGUUUGUAAAGGCUCUGUUAUACCUGUUCGCAACGACAUAAAGUUCAAGUUAAACAAAAAUCCAAUGUAUUAUGUACUACUUGGCAAAUAAUGAUUAAUAAAACGUUAUUUCUUGGCUAUAAUUAAUUACCCAUAAUAACUCUUUAAAUAUCUUUUUUGAAUAUUCUGGAUGGUUAGAAUCAUAGAAAUAAGGUUGACAACGCACCAAUUCAAUUAAAUGAUCUGUAAUUGCAACAAAAUUAAGGAUUAGCGGUAAAAACAUGCACGCAUCGCGCAGAAAUCUGUGCCGGCGCUGCAACGAGACGCAGAGCAGGACAGACACAUGUCUGCGCCGUACGUAGCUCUUAGUACGUACAGAUAUUACGAAAUCUACUCUGCCCUGUGCUGUGUGGACCUGCGUCUCAGCACACGCUUCGCCUCAGUGUCGCGUUAACAAGCAGAGGUGACGAGCGCCGCGGCUGGCUUGCCCGCCGGCUAGAGACACUCACACUACCACAGUGUGCGUGUGAACUCGCAACCACAAGCAAAGGCCGCUCGUGUUUUUUUACAAGAAAUAUACCUAUUUUUGUUAGCUUUUAUUGUGUAAUAAUGUAAGAGACUUAAAUAUCAUCAUAACCAUCUAGAUGUUUGGUGUUACUACAUAGUGUCCAAAGGUGAUUUCCACAUGCUGCACACCACACAUGUGGUGUUUCCAGGUAGUUACGACGUGGGCUUCAAAUAGUGUUUAGUGCUAAUGGGCAUCGGAAAUUGGAAUAAUAUGUUUUUGUUGUAUUUGAAGUGUUGCAUUCCUAUAGUUGAAAAGUUCCUCCCUAUAUUCCUAAAGUAUAUAAUAAUAAUCAGAACCCACGUCAUGACUUUGAGACUAGUUCCAAUAAUGACAAUAAAAUGUGUUAUUGUUAAAAUAUAGAUUAUAAUGUAAUUAUUAUUUACAUAAUAUGAAUAAUGUAAUGUAUAUACAGAAUUAAAAUAAAUAUUUGAAGGAAAUAAAAAAAAUUAAUUAUAAUUUA